GUGUACUCAGAGCUGUCAAGAAUUGUCAUCAUAUUUACAUGGUGAACCUGCAUCAGGAUUAUGCUUCUUGGCAAGCCAGGGAUGAAGCUAAAAGAAAGAGGAAGGAAGAUGAAAGAGAGAAGGAAGUGCUGCAGCGGGAAAAAGCUAUUCAGAGGUACAUAGAACGUAUCUUGCAAAUGGAUGAGGACGAGUUUAAUGCCCUCCCUGAGGAGAAGAAAGCAGAACUGGAUAAAAUGUUAGUGGAAAAGAAGUGCAUACAGAGGGUGAGGGAGCUGAAGUGGCUGGCUCAAAAGCUUGAGGAAGAGGCAAAAGCCUUAGAGGAGGAACUGAGGCAGAAGGAGGAAGAGAGGCGGAAAGAGGAAGAGAGGCAGAAGAAGGAAAAGAAGGGUGUCUCUGUGGGGAAGCAACCUCCACAACCAGACAAGGGGCAAACCAAACCCACAGAGAAGAUGGGAACCAAGGCCCCAGAGGGGAAGGAAACCAAACUCUCAAACAAGAAGGAAACCGAGCCCUCAGAAAUGGAGGAAAGCAAAAUCCCAGAAAUGAAGGAAACCAAAUCCCCUGAGAGGAAGGAAACCAAAUCCCCUGAGGAGGAGGAAAUCAAAGCCCCAGAGAAGAAGGAAACCAAAAUCCUAGAGAUGAAGAGAGACAAAAUCCCAGAGAAGUUGAAAUACAAAGCCCCUGAGAAGGGGGAACCCAAAGCCCCUGAGAAGGGGGAAACUGAAAUCCCAGAGGACCCAUCUCAGAUGGAGAACUUGAUCCUGAGGUUUCAGAUCUAUGAGUCAUCACAGCAGAACGUCGCAGAGGUUUUGUCUUGCUGGGACAGGGUUCAGGGUACCAUGCAGUUACCUGUGAUCCAAAAGGAAAACAAGUCCCAGUCUUCAGCUGGAAACAAAGGUCAGAAGACCAAUAAGCCUCAGGAAAAGUUGGAGAAGCCUGAACAAAGAAGUGGAGACCAAAGGAGUCGUCAGUCAUCUCAGCAGGAGAUGCAAAGUGAAGUUGCAGAGGGGGCAGUCAGAGACGAGCAUAUCGGGGUGCCAUGCCUGGACAUCCAGGUCUCAGAUCCAAAGGCCAUGAUCAGGGAGAUCCUGAGGGAUGGGAAGCUGCCAACAGAAGACGAGAUGCUGCAACAUCUGGGACUGUGUCCCGACGGCCCUCCCCUUGCCCCUGCUGCUGUGCUCUCCAUAGUCGAGUACCCAGAGGAGCGGCUGGGCCCUGCAGAGCAUGUGGAGCCCUUCACCAUUGUGGCACCAGAAGGUGCUGCUGUGGAAGACAAUCUGGACAAGGCCCCAGAUGUGAAGGGCAGUUCUGCCGAGGGCCAGCCAAAGGUGGGUGAAGCAGCCAGGAGAGACAGCUCUGCAAAGGAGAAGCAGAUCUCCACACAGAGAACAGAAAGUCCCCAGGAUUCCUCUGCAACGAGAUCCAAAAGUACACUGGAAAGUUCCUCAGUCCCCACAGAAUUCCUCAGGCUGAAACGGUACCGGUGGGUAGUGCCUGCCCACGGUGAGGUGGAACUGAAGGUCCACUUCUCUGCCAAAAAGCCAGGGAAGUUUGAGCAGACACUGAGGUUUGAGCUCGUGCAGACAAAGCACCCGUACGAGCUGCCCUGCUGUGGCACCGGCCUGUACCCCAGCAUCAGCCAGGACCCACGGGUGGUGUUUCCACAGUGGAGGGAGACCAUGGAGGCAGAUGACAUCAUCUUCAAGGAAUAUGUUGAGAGCACAAAGCAAUUCCACUUUGGACCGUUGCUGUGUGGGAAAUCAAGAGACUGGUACAAGUGCCAGAACUGUCCCAGCAACUCGGAGAAUAUAACUAUCCUCAACAACUCCCCCAUGAACAUAGAGGUCCAGUUCUCCUUUGAGAAUGAUGGGGAAGCAGCGACGUUCCUCUUGGACCCUCCCAGCAUGGCGCUGAAACCAAAGGAGAAGCAGGUAGGAGAAGGGCAGGCAGAGCAGGCACUGUAG